AUGGACGAAAUGGAGUAUCUUCCUAAGAUGCAUGGUGAAGUGAUCACUACACCCCGCACGAAGCUUUCGGAGUCUUAUUUCAUCCCCGAACACGACUGGAUCAUUCUUCGAAAGAUGGAUGAGCGUCCAAGCUUGAUCAGCCCAGAGGAUUUUCAGCAAGGCAUGCGCCCCGCCUUCACCGCUGGAAAAUAUUAUUGUCGUCUUGCAGGUGCCGGCAACGAGAACAACUUUGCUUUUAUGCGCAUCUACAAACAGAUUCCUCUGGAUGGUACUCGCCUUGACAAUGCAAGUGACAGACGGGCCCAGGCCUCUAAGCCACGAAAGCAUCCGGAGCCAGAGGCUAUGAUGCGCCUUACAGGGGACCGAUCCACUGCUAGCCCUAAAGUCCGUGGGUACCGAACUGGCAUACAAGAUGCAAACGACCUUGUCCCCGACGGAUAUAUCAUCUAUCUGGUAUGGGAAGAGGUCAAAGGAUUUUGCUCCCUUGAUCAGGAGUAUUUCUGGAGCCUUCCCUACAAAAAGCGACAGUUCAUCCGUGAAAAGUUCAAGAUAGCCUUUAGUGAAGUUAUGAAAUCUGGGUACAAGCCGGUCCCUACAACCCCGUCAAAGAUCAUAGUCAACAAGGACACAGGUGAUGUGUAUGCUUCACGCUAUCCUUUGCAACCUCGUGCUAAUGACUCGACUCGCAGCAAAAUCUCCGGUUUUAAAUGGGCUGUUCACAUAGAUCCAGAUACGAAAUGGACAGACCACUUCUUCGAUAUUUUUUACCUAGUUCUGUCCUCCUCCAGGAGGGGCAAGCACCUUCCCAACCUGGCGACGGAUCUGCAACUUGACGAAAAGACCGGCUGGAGGUGGUGA